ACUACACCAGUCACAUUUAUCACUUAACACAUCACUGUUUUACUUUGAACUUGCUCGCAUUGACACGUAAAUAUCAUCUUUCAUUUUUCUACUACUACUGCAGUACUCCCCUAUAUCUUCUAGUUCUUGAUAUUGACCUUCUUGAUUUUUUUCAUUUCUUGAAAUUUGUCGGCUACCCUUUUCAAUUAAACCUGCAAUGGAAAAAGGGUCGAGUUCAGAAAUUUCAGAAAAGGUUCAUACAAAAAAGGGUCUAAAAAAAUUGAGCUCAAUGUUACCAAAGGUGGAGCCUUUUUUACCAAGAAGAGAUCAUAACCCUAGAGAGUUGAUUUCUUGGGCUAAGAGGACUGGUUUUCGAUCAACUUUUUCUGGUGAAACUGGGACUAGUUUGAGCGAGAAGGGUCAUAGUCAGAGUGAAAGAAAUGAGAGUGAAGGGUUUGAUUUAGAGAAGGGGUUGGAUAAAAAUGGGUCAAGUUCACCCAAGUUUGAGAUUGAUCCGAUUCUGGGAAGAACUAGAGACAGAGGGUCUGAAAUUGAGCAAGUUAGGGAAGGAUUGAGGAAGAACGAGAGAGAAGGGAAUGAAAGGUUGAAUGGAGUUGUGAGAGGUGAUAAUCUGAGGAGUAGAAAUGAAGUUGAGUCGAUUUUUAGUGAUAUUGAUGAGGUGAGGGUAGCUGGUUUGAGUAGAAAUAGAAAUGGAGGUAGAGGUGAUGACAGCCGCAGAGAUGUGGCAAGUAAUGUGCCCCUGAGUGAGUUCAAGAAAGAUGAUGAAGAUGUUGAGAGAGAUGCAGGAGUUGACGUUCAUCAGAGUGGAGAGGAAUCUGGUGAUGAAGGAUGGCAGAAGUCAUUUUCAUUGAAGUGUGGGAUGAGAGAUAAUCCGGGUUUUGUACCACUUAUAUGUUACGGUUUGCAGCACUAUAUAUCGCUUGCUGGUUCUCUGAUUUUCAUACCGCUGAUCAUCGUACCUACCAUGGGUGGAACUGAUAAGGAUACAUCAUAUGUCAUUUCCACAAUGCUAUUUGUGUCAGGAGUGACCACAAUACUGCAGUCUUACUUCGGAACUCGGCUUCCAUUAGUUCAAGGGAGCUCAUUUGUGUAUUUAGCUCCAGCUUUGGUUAUUAUGAAUUCCCAGGAGUUCCGAAAUCUGACUGAACAUAAAUUUAGGUAUACUAUGAGGGAACUGCAAGGGGCCAUCAUUGUUGGGUCGACUUUCCAGAGCAUCUUAGGCUUUAGUGGUCUGAUGACCCUUUUGUUAAGGUUUAUAAACCCUCUCGUUGUUGCACCUACUGUUGCUGCAGUGGGCUUGGCCUUUUUUAGCUAUGGGUUUCCCCAAGCUGGUAGCUGUGUGGAGAUAAGCAUUCCCCAGAUUUUAUUGGUGCUCCUUUUCACCUUGUACCUUCGAGGAGUAUCUGUGUCUGGACAUCGAAUAUUUUGGAUAUAUGCGGUUCCUUUGAGUGUUGUUAUUACAUGGACAUAUGCAUUCUUUCUGACAGCUGGAGGAGCAUACAGUUACAAAGGUUGUGUUUCUAACAUACCAAGCUCCAAUAUCUUAAUUGACGCUUGCAGAAAGCAUGCACAAACCAUGAAGCACUGCAGGACGGACGUGUCCGAUGCAUGGCACACUGCCGCUUGGGUCAGGGUUCCAUACCCUUUGCAGUGGGGUACUCCAAUAUUCCAUUUGAGGACUUCAAUCAUCAUGAUAAUUGUAUCACUGAUUGCAACAGUGGACUCGGUUGGAACGUACCACUCUGCAUCCGUUCGAAUUAGUUUAAGGCCUCCUACCCCUGGUAUUGUCAGCAGAGGAAUUGGCUUGGAAGGUUUCUGUAGUGUACUGGCUGGAUUCUGGGGAACAGGGACCGGGUCAACAACUUUGACGGAGAACGUCCACACUAUUAACAUAACUAGAGUAGCAAAUCGCAGGGCUAUGGAACUUGGGGCAGCAUUUUUGAUCCUUUUCUCAUUCAUAGGGAAAGUGGGCGCAGUUCUUGCUUCCAUACCACUAUCAUUGGCAGCAGCAACACUGUGCUUCAUCUGGGCUCUGACUGUAGCAUUAGGUCUAUCGACAUUGCAGUAUACUCAAACAUCAAGCUUUAGAAGCACCACAAUAGUUGGUGUAUCCUUGUUUCUUGGUUUCUCCAUCCCAGCAUAUAUUCAACAAUAUCGGCCGGAGUCCAUCUUAAUCCUGCCUAGUUAUUUUCUACCUUAUUCUGCAGCAUCAGAUGGUCCGUUUCACACCGCUAAUAAACAACUCAACUUUGCUACAAAUGCACUUCUAUCAAUGAACAUGGUGGUGACAUUCUUGGUGGCAUUUGUACUCGACAACACUGUCCCAGGUAGCCAGCAAAAACGAGGUGUAUAUAUUUGGUCCAAUGCUGAAGAAGCCACCACGGAUCUUUCAGAUUAUUCCCUGCCUAAUAAGGUUGCCCGGUGUUUUCAUUGGGCAAAAUGUUUGGGGGCAUGAUUUUUUGCACAGACAGAGAGAUUGUUUGUAGAAGUUGCUGGACUUAAAGGCUGGCAUCUAAAGAUUGUAGCCGAACUAUAGGUUGAAACAUGAAAGUGACAUCCUCAAACUAUACAAAUUAUACACCUAGUUCAUUUAGAGUAACUCAUAGUCAGCGACUGUGUUUUUGAUUUUGGAAGUGAGAAAAACUACAUAACUCUUGCAGUGUCAAAAGCUCUUUUAGUAUUUAUGAAAAGAAACAUACUAGCACCUGCCUAUCUACGUCUUUAUAUUUUA